CUCCCGGUGUCUCUGGAGCUUCCCCGGUGCCGUGUGUCGCUGGAGCUGCCCCGUCCCCCGCAGGAUGUACCGCAAGGAGAAGAGCAUCCAGCUGAAGAGCAGCAGCGCGGCGCUGUACAACAACCUGAGCGUCCUGCGCCUGCCCGGCAGGCAGCUGGCCUGCUUCAGCGCCGUGCACGGCCCCAGCGUCAACGUGGUCACCGCCGCCGCCGAUGGACUCGGUUUCUCCCACCGCCAGCUGCAGGCGAAGGAGGGUGGGAUGGCUGUCAGCACCUCCAUCCUCACCCAGGCUGCUUGGUGUGUCCUGCCAUCCCGGGUCCUGCUGGUGCUGACCUCUCAGAAGGGGAUCCAGAUGUACGAGUCCGAUGGCUCCAUCAUGGUUUAUUGGCAUGCACUGGACGUCACGGAGCAUCCUCCAGGACAAGCAGUGUUUGCUCGAGGGAUCGCUGCAGCUGGCGGGCGCUUCAUCUGUGUGGGGACAUCCUCUGGAGUGGUGCUGGUGUUUGACAUCCCCCCCAAAGGGACGAACAUCACAGUGAGCGAGGUCCUGGAGCAGCACCGCGACGCCAUCACCGACAUCGCGGCGGAGCUGGGCCAGGCUCCGGAUGGGGCUGGUGACCUGGUGACCGCCGAUGAUGCUGGGACCCUCUGUGUCUGGAGCGCAGGAGAGGAGUUCACCCUGGUCAGCAAAAUCCCAGCCUUUGGCUGCACCUGCUCCUCCGUGAAGCUGUGGAACGGGGUCGUGGCUGCUGGCUAUGGAAACGGGCAGAUUCGGCUAUACGAGGCGGCAACGGGCCUCCUGCGUGCUGAGGUCAAUGCUCACGCUCGAUGGAUCUACGCACUGGACCUGGCGCCGGAGACAGGAAAGCUGCUGUCAGGUGCAGAGGACUCCUUUGUUCAUGUCUGGAAGCUCAGCAGGAACCUGGACACUGACGAUGUUGAGAUCGAGCACUGCCAUGCCGAGUGUGUGACAGACACCCAGGUCUGUGGUGCCCGCUUCUGUGACCCCGAGGGAAACUCCUUCGCCGUGACUGGCUAUGACCUGAGCGAGAUAUUCCGCUACGGACGGGCGUAGGCUGCGAGCUGAGGCACUGUAAGCAAGGGGGGGUCAGCACAGCUCCCCCAGCUUUUGCUCCAUGGGGCCUGAGCAGCAAAGGCACAGGGCUUGUGCCCCCAGUAGGGUGGAAAUCUGUGUGUAGGUGGAGCUGAGUUAGGAUCCCCUUGCUCCCAGAGCAAACCUGCUCUCGGCGUGGCAUGUCUGUGCACGGGGAACGUGGGCUUGGAGCUGCUCUGGCUACACAGGACCAGCCCUGUGGGUCCCUUGGGCCAGGCGUUGUCCUCCCGCCUGCCCCUCCAGCCCUUCCUGGAGGGAAGGAGGCAGCAGAGGCAGCGUGGCUGGGAACAGAACCGGCUCCCCUCUUCCCAGCAGCAGCUCUGGUUCAGACGGGAGAGGUUCCAGGGCAAACCUGUGUGACACGCUGCUCCGGCCGGGGGAGCCUCAGGAGCCGGUCCCAGCCAGGGCGGUGGUGCCUCGUGGGUGCAGCACCCGUGGAGCCACCCUCCCCUGGGGCAGCAGAGUUACCUGGAAGGAGGAGAGGAGCCUCUUCUCCUCAGGGUGCCGUGGGGACAUGCAGGUCCCCGUGGGACUUUGCAUCCCCAAGGCUGCUGGCCAGAUGUGUGGGGUCGCAGCUGUUCUCCUGGGCUGCAAAUGGCAGAGGCAGCUGCACUGUGCUCGCUGCCAGGACAGUCCAGGGACAGUCCCACGCUGCUGCCGUGCUGUCCCCCUGCUCUGUCCCCCCAUUCUCGCCCUGUGUCCCCCCCAGCUGGCCUUCCCCCUGGCUCUGCCUCAGUCCCUUCCCCCAGGGGUUGCCCUGCCCCAGCCCUCCUGUCCCGUCCCUUCCCCCGGCCAGGAGCUAAUGUGGCCCCAGGGACGAGCUUGGCCUCUGGCUCUGCUCCCAGGGCCCUGCGGAGAUGGGGGUGCAUGGAGGGCCCCAGCCCCGGUGCCGUGGGGUGAACCCAGCCCAGGACAGGCCCUGGGAGAAGGGGAAAGAGCUGCCGGCCAGAGGCUGCCCCCCAAGCCCCUCCAGCUAUGCUGGAGUGAAGGCUGCAGCCAGGGCUCCAGCUCCCCCUGUGCUGCCCAACCCCAGGCUAUGGGGCACAGAUCGUGUGCCCCAGUCAUGUUUCCCCAAAAGACAUCCUCCCUGCGCCCUCUCAGGUAAGGGUCAGUCCCCCGCCACGUGCUAUUCCCCAUUUCAGCUAUGGGUCAGGACCCCACACUCCUGUUCCCCACCCCCAUUGGCCAUGUACUCCCCACCCAUGAUAAAAACACUUGAAUGAAGCCUCA